CAUCUUCAAUUCAAUCAAACAUUCUCAACAAAAAUGGCGGUAACGCUUAACCUCCUAUCGACGGCGCUGCUUCUGCUAACGUGCGCCGUCGGCGUAACUGUUUCCGUCAACCGCUGUCCGAACUGCGGGUCCACCGCCGUCCCUUACCCUCUCUCCACCGGUCCCUCCUGCGGCGACCAAAACUACAAAAUCCGCUGCGACGCGGGCUCACUGGUCUUCGAUACACUUAACAACACCUACCCGAUCACGUCCAUCAAUCGGUUCAAUCAACGGCUCGUGAUCCAACCAGCGAGUCUCAUCCCCAACACGUGCGUCACCACUGAUCUCCGUUUCGAAGGCGUGCAGCUCAACAGUAGUUUGCCUUUCAACAUCACCAGCAGCAACACCGUCUUGUUCUUGAACUGUACGGACUCGAUCCUCCGUUCCCCGUUAGACUGUUCCUCCAACGGGUUGUGCCACGAGUACGUCAACGAGAGUUCGAGAGUCGCGGCUUGUGAGGCGUCGCCGAUCUGUUGUACGUUCAAAGCCGGCGGAGGAGCGACGGCGUAUGCUAUUCGGGCGAGGGAGACCGGGUGUAGGGCUUAUACGAGCUUCGUUAACUUGCAAUCGGAUUUGCCGGUAAACCGGUGGCCUGAACCGGGAAUGGAAUUGCAGUGGGUUUCGCCACCUGAACCGGUUUGUGGUACCCAAGCGGAUUGUGAUAGGAACUCCACUUGUGGAUCCGACCCGAAUUCGAAUGGGACCCGGAGGUGUUUUUGUAAUUCUGGCUUGUUUUGGGAUCCGAUUGAAGGGGUUUGUACUGAGAUUAAUACGUGUCAGAAUCCUGAUGGUUGCAGCGACUCAAACCGGACUGCUUUGAUCGCAGGUUUAACAGCCGGACUUGGUACGGCGCUUGUCGCAGUGAUCAUUGGCAUUUUGGUCUACAGACGACAUAGGCGAAUAGUCGAAGCUCAAGAGCGCCUACGCAAGGAACGUGAAACAAUCCUAAAUGCCAACAAUGGAGGCAAAGCAGCCAAGGUUUUCACGGGCAAAGAGAUCAAGAAAGCAACCAACAAUUUCUCGAAAGACCGAAUCUUAGGUGCUGGUGGCUACGGCGAAGUCUAUAAAGGGAUCCUCGACGACGGCACUCCGGUUGCUGUCAAAUGUGCCAAACUCGGCAACACCAAAGGCACCGAUCAAGUCCUCAAUGAAGUACGAAUCCUAUGCCAAGUCAAUCAUCGAAGCCUUGUUGGACUACUCGGAUGUUGCGUCGAACUCGACCAACCUAUAAUGGUUUAUGAGUUCAUCGAAAACGGUAACCUCUUAGAUCAUCUCCAGAGCCCAAACAUCAAUGACCGAGGUCUACUCACUUGGACCCGUCGUCUCCAAAUUGCUCGCGACACAGCCGAAGGUCUCGCAUACCUACAUUUCUCCGCAGUCCCUCCUAUAUACCAUAGAGACGUCAAAUCUAGUAACAUCCUACUUGACGUGAAACAUAAUGCUAAAGUUUCGGAUUUCGGGUUAUCACGAUUAGCUCACACCGAUAUGAGCCACGUAUCGACUUGUGCUCAAGGCACCCUCGGAUAUCUUGACCCGGAAUAUUACCGAAACUACCAAUUAACCGAUAAGAGUGACGUUUAUAGUUUCGGGGUCGUCUUGUUAGAGCUUUUAACUUCACAAAAAGCCAUUGAUUUCAACCGAGAUGCUGAUGAUGUGAACUUGGCGAUAUACGUGAAAAGAAUGACGGAUGAAGAGAAACUGAUGGACGUGAUUGAUCCGAUAUUGAAAGAAAAAGCGAGUCCAUUAGAGAUAGAUACUAUGAAAGCAUUGGGAUUUCUUGCAUUGAGUUGCUUGGAAGAACGUAGACAAAGUAGACCCUCCAUGAAAGAAGUUACUGAAGAAAUUGAGUACAUCAUUUGCAUUGCUACAGGUAAGACUGUUUAAAACUAGUUUUUUUUUUUUUUCAUAGUAAGUAAUAUGUAGCUGUUUAUGCUUCACUUUUUUUUUGUUUUGUUGUUAUUUAUGGUUUUUGGUGUAUUGAUUAUUAGUAUGUACUAUGAAGCAAUUUUUAAUUUUAUGUGAAACUUUAAUAUAUUUUUGUUA